GGCUGUAAGAACGGAUAUUAUGGCCUUGAAUGCGUAAAUCGCUGUAUAAACGUUGACUCGAAAUGUACCGUUUGUACUUCAAGUCAAAACACAUUUAGUUCUUGUACACGAUGCACUAAAGGAUCAUAUCCUGGAUCCAGCGGGAAGUGCGUUCCAUGUGAACCGAAUUGUUCUGGAGGAUGUAACUCAUCCACCGGAGUAUGUUAUGCAUGCGUAGAUGGAUAUUUGGGAUUGUUCUGUAACUUUCCUUGUGCAUCGAAUUGUAAAUCGUGCCUCGAUGAUAUUAGUGAAUGUAAUGAAUGCGAAGAGGGGUUUUGGGAUAAUUUAUGUUUAAAUAAUUGCAGCACUAACUGUAAACAUGGAAAUGAUUCAAUGUUCAGAUGUAAUAUUACUUAUGGAAAAUGCAAACACGGAUGUGUAUCUGGAACUUUUGGCUCAUAUUGUGAUCGUCUGUGUGACAAACAUUGUCUCGCCUCUGAGGGUGGAGCUCUUGAGUGCAUACAAAAGGAUGGCCAGUGCACACUGGGAUGUGAGAAUGGGUACAUACAAACAGACGCAGGAUGUAUCGAUGCUGCAUUACACAUCACAUUUUCCCAAGCAUCCGUCACGACCCCAAUCAACAAAGAUGAUAGCACCAGUGUUGGAACGUCUUGGGUAGUUAUAGGUGCUGCUUGUGGAGUUGUCGCCAUUCUUGCACUUGUUCUUGUCAUAGCCUUAUUCAUAAGAAGAAGAAAGGACAAUUACGACAGACCAAACAAAGACGACUAUGAAGCAGGUUCGUAUUAUUCCAUGAAUGACUUAUUUUAA